UCCAAUAAGGGUGUGAUGACCACCGAUAUGUAUGCGUUUGGCCCAGUGUGUGGCCGGCCCAACCUGAAAAUCGUGGGAGGCACCGACGCCGAGGAGGGGAAGUGGCCCUGGCAGGUGAGCCUGAGGAUCAACGGCAAGCACGUGUGCGGAGCCUCCCUGCUCACGUCACAGUGGGUGCUGACUGCCGCCCACUGUAUUUUCAGCUAUUUCCAGUACACUGUCAAGAUAGGAGAUCGGAGUGUCCGUAACGAAAACACAAGUCUGGUGAUCCCCAUCAAAAACAUCAUUGUCCACCCUAAGUUCUCAACAAUUGUGAGCGCUAGAAACGACCUCGCCCUUCUCCAGCUCCUCUACGCCGUGAAUUUUACCUCAACCAUCCGGCCCAUCUGCAUCCCUAGGGAGACUUUCCAGGUGAAAGAUGGGACCAAGUGCUGGGUCACCGGAUGGGGCAGAACAACAGAAGGCGUGUUCCUGCCUCCAUCAGAAAUUCUCCAGGAGGUGGACCAAUACAUCAUCCACUACCAAAAAUGUAAUAAGUUGAUACAGAAUUACUUGUCAUCUGCUAGGGAUUUAGUAGUGAAAGGCAUGGUCUGUGGCUAUAAAGAAAGAGGAAAAGAUUCUUGUCAGGGAGAUUCUGGGGGCCCCCUGGCCUGUGAAUUUAAUGACACAUGGGUCCAGGUGGGGAUUGUGAGCUGGGGCAUUGGCUGUGGUCGCGAAGGGGUGCCAGGAGUUUAUACAGAAAUUGGCUUCUACAGUAAGUGGAUGGUUGCAGUGGUGAACCAGGCUACCUCUUUGUGUCCAGUGAUGUUCCUCAUCCUACUCUUGUGUCUGGUGCUGCCCCUCGGCAUCCUGGUGACCCUGUGAUCACCCCAGUCCACUCCCCAUCCUUUUUCUGAGUCUCCCACUAGGCCUCUCCAUUGACCUCCCAUUCCUUCCGAUGCCCUUUCCUCAAAUUCUGGUUGGCAUCCAUUGACCCUGAAGAGAUCCACACAACAGAGCCUGGUGGGGACACUGGGGCCUGGAAAGUGUCCCAGCCUGAUUCUCUGGUCACCUGACUUGGCCACUCCUACCUGGGCUGUGCUCUGCCUGAUGGGAAGAAGGGCAUGAAUCCAUCCCAGCUAGAGGGACAGCCCACCUGCCAGGUGGAGUGUCAUGACUCUUUGACAUCUUGGAGAACAUCAGCCAAAGAAGAGACAUCAUCAGCGGUGAAACAAGCGUUGGACCUGCUUCAGAUUUCAGGGCUCUCACCUGAGACUUUGUGAAACUAGUCAGCUUGGUGAUGGCUCAGAGAGAGUGAAGGAGGCAUUGCCAGGUCCCUGCAGAGGUGCGAGGCCCAGAACUUCCUCAUCUGGCUCAGUGGACCGGGGCUGGGAGAGGUUCCCCCGAACCCCAUUGUGGAUCCAUGUGUGAAUGGACAGCCUCUGCCACACAAGCCUUCCUGGGGCAACCCAGUCCUCCCCUUUCCUCAGUGCCCUAGUGGCCAUGUCCACGGACACUCCAAGUUGUGUUGAGGCAGUUAUAGAAUGUGGAGAUUUCAGAUGUCAACUGAAUAAAUGUUUGGAGAGUC